AUGGAGUUAUUUUCGUUUGUUGAUGAUAUAAAGCGAAUGGAUAAACGACAGGCCAUAUAUCAAAUACUUAAUUUUGGUAUGAUUAUUUCAACAGCACUUAUGAUCUGGAAAGGACUUAUGGUAGUAACAAGUAGUGAAAGUCCUAUUGUUGUUGUACUUAGUGGUAGUAUGGAACCUGCUUUCUAUCGUGGUGAUUUACUUAUGUUAACAAAUUAUCGUGAAGAACCUAUUCGUGCCGGUGAUAUUGUUGUAUUUCGUAUAGAAGGUCGAGAUAUCCCAAUUGUUCAUCGAGUACUCAAAGUUCAUGAACGAGAUGAUGGUUAUGUUAAAUUUUUAACUAAAGGUGAUAAUAAUCAAGUUGAUGAUCGUGGUCUUUAUGCACCCGGACAAUUAUGGCUUGAAAAGAAAGAUGUUAUUGGUCGUGCCCGAGGAUUUCUUCCAUAUAUUGGUAUGGUGACAAUUGUUAUGAAUGAUCAUCCGCAAUUAAAAUAUUUAGUCUUAGCUGUACUUGGCUUUUUUGUUUUAGUACAUCGUGAAAACUAA